AUGGAUACAAACACAACAUUCACAAAAGAUGAUUAUGAUUUAAGUAUUAUUAAAGGAUUUCAAUUAGCAACAGCUAAUGGAUUUCUAUGUGCCGAUCCAGUCGAGGGUGUUGCGUUUGUUAUUGAAAGAUCGACAAUAAAUAAAAUUGUUAAUAAUGAAAAUAAUGAUGAACAACAAGAAACAUCAGGAAUUAAUAAUACUGAUUCUGCAACGAUCACAACAACAAUAAAUCCUGUUGAUGAAAUCGAAAGUUUAAUAGAAACAAUGGGUAUUACAACUGAAGAAUCUUCGACAUUAUAUAUUCAACAAAAACCUCGUCUUGUUAUAGAUAAAUCAAAAGUUGUUAUCAAACAUGAAUCAUUUUCUGAUCAAAUAAUAUCAACUAUACGUGAAGCUUGUCGAAUAGCUUAUUACAAUAGAGUCCCAUUCGUGGAAAUCGAUGAUCCAAAUAAUCCAAAAGUUGAUUUUAACCGUUCCAAGAUUCGUUAUACAACAAUCUUCACGAAUGCAUUAUCAACUUGUAGAGGAUUUCUUAUAACGGGAAAUAUAGGUGAACAACCAUUCGUUUACUUAGCUCAUCGGUCCAAAACUUAUGAACUCCCGUCAUUCACACCAUCAUCAACAUUAAUAGAACUAAUUGAAGAUUUAACAGAUGAUAUAGAAAUGAAAAUUUUUAAUAAUCCGCCACCAAAUACUAAAGAAAAAUUAACAAUUUACGAUUUAACAAGUCUAAAUUUAUUGGUUUGUGGCAGCGUGACGGCGGAAAUCGAUUUGAUUAGCGAUGCAUUUCAUCUUUUAAAGGAUAAAAAUACCAACAUCCAAAAUCUUCUGAAAGAUCAACCUCAAUGUUUAUAUUUCUGUCAACAAUUAAAAAAUUUGAUUAUCAUACCACCUGUCAUAUUUUUGGUUAGUGGCGCCAAUUCAGAUAAACAAAGUUCCGAUGAUCCACGAGGAAAUACAGGUGAAUCUCUAAAGAACGAACCAUCCAUCGACAGUAUUGAUAAAGCACAAGAAGAGCUCAAGAAUCCCAAGGACUUGGAAGAUUUCAAUGAUGCUUUAAACUAUGUUUUAUCAGUUAUUAAUCCACCACCAAUACCUCAACAUCAUGCAACU